AGGCGGGUCUGUGAAAGAGACGGCGGUGCGCGCUGCGUUUGUCGCUUCAAAAGAAUGAAGGCGUCGUUGUCUGGCUUGCUCCCACCUGGAAGAAGUAAAGCGGGAGCACAUCUGGGCGGUCGCGUAAAGUGCCUUUAGUGCUGGAACGCACUCGGUUUUUGGUCCACUGAGCAACUUGACGUAGCCUCUCUGCGACGUAGAAUCGGUGCUGCAGGUCCGCAAUGAGCGACAGUGCUUUGAGGUAUUGCGCAGCGUGUUGCUGCUGUUCCGGGUUGAUAACCGGCAUCGUGUUAAUCGCCGUCUCCUUCUCCGUCUUGGAGGCCACGGAGAUGGGACUCGACUACUCCAGCGUGUCGAAAAGCGUGGCCGAGGAGAAGCUCUAUCCAGCGGGGCGGCACAUGCUCGGAGUCGGCCACAGCUUCAAAGUGUAUAAGGAUUGCUUCAAUCCGUAUAACUCAGUGCAUCACACAGAACAAAGAGCACGCAUCCAUCCCAAAAAACGCAUUCCGUGAUUACAAGAAAUGCUGAUCGAUCCGCGGCACUUUUAUUGAUUAUUUCAGAGGGGGCACGGAAAUUUUCGCCGCUCAAGAACCGCUCGCAAUAGCGUUUCUAUCGCACUUUCCCUCCUGAUCCCCCAGGUACCCCAAAGACCAGCAGACCGUGCAGUUUCCGGGGUCGACCUACAAGCAUCUGGAGGCCCGCACGUACGACGGACUGGAGGUAGUUCUGGACCUGAACUACCAGUACCGGCUCGUGGAGGACAUGUCGAGCAUUUUACGGAUCUACUACGACUGGGGGCUCCGGUACGACUACGCCUACGUUCUUACGGCGCGGAACAUGCUGCGCGACACGGCAGCGAACUGGACCGCCUUCGAAUUCUUCUACAACCGUACGGAGAUUGAGGCUACGCAUCGCAAAAGUAUCGUACUAGUACAAAGAUUUCCAUCACAAAAAUUUUUUGCAUCAAGGAAAGUAGACUUCGUAAUGCUCCUGAAGGUGUAGGUUGCGAAAGGUCUACUUUGUCAUGCGUGACUGCAAUUGGUACGAGUGCCAUGCUUUUCCACCUGAUAUCGGCCGCGAUGCAGACCCACCUCACGCAGCGGAUUGAGGCGGACGGCGUACCCACUGCAAACGUGUCCGGGUCUGGAAGAAUGCGACUGUUUGUCAUGCAAGUCUUGUAUGCCCGGUGAGGUCGUCUAGAAUGCGUGAGUUAGCAUAUCAGGUUCUGCCGGGGUCCUGCCAUGCCUGUUUCGCAUGAGAUUUGUCUUGUCUGCUGGCAAGAACUGUGCGGCUUUUGCUGCUCAUGCGAUGCACGUUUUUGGACCGGCAGGGACUCCUGCAUCACAAUUUCCAGAGUAAGGAUGAAAAUACUUAUGUACUUAUGAGUAUCCGGGAAUGAAGAGAUGCGCGCCAUGUUUUCGCGGUCCCGACCCAAUGCCGUUCCAGCGCCUGCGGAGGCUUGCUUCCGUGGUGAAAAUGGGCGAUGGAACAGUCAGUGCGUUUGUUUUAGCAUCACAAUUUCCAGACGCCGAGGACGUGUUUGCAAUGCACACUGCGGGCUGCUCGACGACUUGCAGCUGUUGACCAUCGACCUACCCACGGCGUUCGAAGAGGAACUAACGGCGACGGAACAGAUCCGGCAAGAGAUUGAACAGGUCGAGUUCGAAGUGAAAGACGCCGAGGUGAAGGCCGCGAACAAGCGACAGCGCAUGUUCGACGAGGCGAUGGUGGAGACAAAUCAAAAGGUGUUCGAUAUUCAGAGUGAAUCUAACGUCCCCACCCAGACUCAAAAUGGGAACUUUGCAUACAGAAUUUCAGAAGCUUUGGCCCUCUCGCAUGACGAGUUUCCGCGUAUAGUGUCAUCGUGUUUAGCUAGCGCAGCACCCUGAUGAUCCUCGUGGGGCCGCUGCGCAUGAGAGAUUUUUUUGGCUUGCAGAAUUGCAUGACAGCAGGGCUCGGGGGGGGGGGGACGUUUUUACGCAGGAUAUUCGAAGCGCGCCAAAUGUUCAAUGAGAAGCAAAAAGCGCUGCAAAUCCUGACGCAGGACCUGCGGGCCGAAAUUACCAGUUACCGGGCCGUGCAAAAAAACACGAACAUGACCACGGCGAACAUGUUCAACUACAUAUGGCUGCAAAACCUGCAGGGCACGGAAAACCACGCCAGGCUGCACCUCAUGAAGCCGGAGGUAUAUAUGCUGUAUCACAUCUCCCACGGCUCAAAGACAAAGUCGCAAGGAAAGGAUCGUAUGUAGUGAGGUCAUAGUAGAGGUUCAACAUUCAGUUUUCGACAAACAUCCCUUACCAGGCGCUCCGUUGCUGGACUGACCCGCACAGCGGCUCGUGCCCCACGGCAGUGGAAGAGCAGAGCUUUGCGUGCACCGCGAGCUCGGUUUGCUUUGUCGUGGUGGAGGGCAGCAAUUUGCAAGCCACCGAUUUCCUUCGAAUCUCCAACUCGACUGACUGCGCCUUCAGACAUCCAGACCUCAGCGCAGAAAGUUACGCGCCACUGACCGGACCCUCGGACAAGAAGAAAGUCUUCAACGUUGGGACACUCGUCAGCAGUAAGGACCUAUGCGGAACUAUCAUCUGAUUUUUGCCCCGAUCAUGAUUCUUCUACCUCCAGGAAAAUGCUUGAAGAGGGCAAUAAGCACAACUCGUUUUUUUGGCGCUUAAAGUAUGGUUUGUGUUCUGCCUGUUUGCGCUAAGCCUGAGGUGUUCUGUCUAUCGCAGCAUGAUCAUCAACGGAAAAAACAGGUCUGACGGCUACCGUGUGCUACUGCCGGUACGCACAGCAUGCGCAGGGGUGCAGUUAUGAGGCCCUCGGAACUGAUCUUCCCACUGGUCUGUCGCCGGCAUUCGCUUCCAUUGGCACGCUUACCGUGAGCUAGGACGACGCGACACAUUGCCGAAUCGGGAUGAGAAGCGCAAAUAUGGCUGGACUUUCUUCAGCAUUCGCUGGAACUUGAGUCGCGAACUUGUUGCUUCGAGAAUUGGAUCCAAAGCUACUAUACGCAGCUUUAUACUCCUUCUAUCGUGAAGAAAAAUGGACUUACUCUUGUCACUGGCAG